GAUGGUCACAGAUGCCUCCCUAGGGGCCAAUUCAGCAGGAGCACCAGCAGGAGGAGGAGGAGGAGGAGGUGGGGGCUCGAGUAGGGCGUCGCCAUCCCGGGAAAGUGUCCUCGGGGUACUAGGACUACGGAGGAUGGUGAUGAUGCCGUCGCCUGCCACGGAUCAUGUCACAGCCACCAUCAGGAGGAUCCGCGGAGGUGUCAUAGGAGGCAGUGGCGAUCGUGUAACGGUACGCGAACGUGACAGGGAAAUAACAUGUACCGUUCUCGUCAACAUCGUCGUGUUUGUGUUCGCCUGCUUCCCUCUCCUAGCCGUUGGUGGAUGGAUGAUGUUCCUGUAUUUCACCCAGCAGGACACGAUCAACAACAGAGCCCCGCUGAAGCAGUUGCUGUUCAUCGCCCCCUGGCUCAUGGCACUCAACAGUCUAUGGAAUGCUGUGCUUCACCUCACCUACAACCACAAGUUCCGCUCAGCCACCCGCCAUCUUCUCUUCUCCCACUGGAGGAAGCUCUUCGGCACCUGCAGGAGGAGGCAGAUGUAUCAAGAUUGAGUGGAAGGAACGAAGGCGAUGUACAAUCAUCGGUAGAAACGUCACUGUGCUUUUUCCCAACCAGUCGGCAGUUCGAAUCCCACUGGUGACAGAGCGCUUAUCAAACGAGAUUUCUCCUUGGGUGUAUGUUUUUCCCAAGGUAGAGUCUAGCAGAUAUGAAACGACAUUUAUAGCUUAAUAUCUGUGAAUGUAAAAAUGCCACCACGGUGUGUGUCAAAAAUUCAUAAUAUUGUGAAAGCCACUAAUCGGCUGAGGACAUAUAGGGUUUGCAGACCUGUCCACAGACAGCACUUGUUGCAAAAGAAAAAAAAAAAAAAAUAAUCAGAGAAGGAACCAAACACAAGUCUUGUGGGGUGUUGAAUGUCGUUUGUGUGGGUACAGAAGAGAAGAAAUGUAUGAAAGAUUAUAUUUUAAGGAAUAGAAAGCUUGAAGUUUGGCACUAAAAGGCAGAGUUGAAAGGGAAGUGUAUAUAUGCUUGAAUAGGAUGGACAAAAAGUGAUUGCGUCUGGGCAAGCUUGAUGGCGUAGAGCAAGGGAAGGGUUGCAGUUGUAUUGUCAGGACUAUUUUGAUGGGUAAAAGGAUACAAAUGUGUUAAGUUCAAGAAUGGUAUGAGUAACGCUGACUGUGGUGAGAAGAAAAGCUACAAAAGUGAGCUUACUUGCUCCAGGAACGAGAGUGGAAGAAAAUAUUUCUGAGAGCCUGAAUCUGUGUCAAGUAGAGAUUAGAGAACACGAAAGGGUGGUUGUUCUGUUAGGUGAUAUGAAUGCAAAGGUAGGUGACAGAGAAAGAGGUGGCAUUGCUGACAAGUAUGCAGAUCUGAAUUAACUGAGAAGUCCCCGUAGGUGGCGGUUAACGCUAUCAGUGCAUCUAAUUCGGUGCAAUUUAGGCAUUACUUAAGAUUCUUUGCAGCGUCCCUUCGGCCCCUAGCUGCCACUACUUAUAUUCCUUUUACUGUACCUCCGUUCAUAUUCUCUUUCUUCCUCCGUCUUACUGUUCACCCUCUCCUAACAAUUGUUUCAUAGUGCAACUGCUUUGAGGUUUCAAACUUUUCACUGUCAAUAUCAGAACUCAGUGGCCUUAGUUGCCCCAGUGCUGGGCAUAAUGCCAAAAAUCUACAUAAAUCAGAUCAAAUUAACCGAGAAGUGAAAGUCUUGGGAAAGUAUGCUUAGAAAUUGAUGGGAAAUAGAUGUACGUAAUUGGUGGGACUAAGGAAAGUGGCUGGAGCGGUACAUCUGAUCAUUGUUUGAUUGAAGCUGAAGUUAAGACGGAUAUAAGCUGAAGAGCAAGUGGGAACAAAAGGAGCUUUAAAGGAAGCGAGAAAAGCUUACUACACGUUGGAAAGGGUGGACAGUUGGCUAAGGUUAAAGAGAUGGAGGUAGGUUCGUAAAUAUGUAUGUAAAAUUCGAGGCUUGGAGUCAUAGGGACAGCAGUGAGUGUUUUGGAGUAUAGGAGGGUAGAAAGAGAGUCUGUAAACAGUCAAGUGGAGUGAAAGAGGGAGUUGGAAACUAGUCAGAAUAGUUCCAGAACCCAGGUGACGAUUUAUGUUGAAAGCGCCAAUACGUCUGGGAAGAUUAAUGUUCCCAGUUUCGUGGAGGCAGAGAUUUCUUAAUGUUUGAUAGACACUACUACGAUCAGAACAAAACUCUUGCCGUCAAUGAAGGCUAUAUUCAUAGAUAGCUGGUCAACUGUUUGUUUUCAUUUUCACUUGAGAAAAUUCCUCUUUUGAAGCUUGACGAAUUACUGAAAUGUCACGAGAGUUCUUACAAUAAUACCGUAGAGGCGUUGUAUCGUUGUAUCCAAGUACCUGACGAAUUAGGUCGUUAAGAAAUUAAAAGUUUAAAUGUAUCUUAAUUCACGUGAUUGUCGUAUUUAGGUGUAAGUGUGCUGGACAUAUUUAUUAAAUCGGAGAUUAUUCAUAUGUAUAUUUAUAUAAAUGUUUCGUGGAACUUGUGUGUGUCAUUAAGGAAAGUGUAUUUCUCUUGUUUGCUAUCUCCUUCAGGUCGAGCUAGAUACCACCAAUUUUCUUUAGUAUUAAUUUUUAAGUAUCUGUCUCCACCUCGGUGGUCUUACAGGCAGUGACAGUGGUCAGGCCGCGGCCUGUUGCCUUUCAUUGACAGUGUCUUUAGAAAUGUGUCAUCAGAUAAAAUGAUAAGAUAAGGCUUUGUAAAUUUAUAUUCAUGAACGCGUGUAUCUUGUUUUUAGCUCUGAAAUUAAUUCGUGUGAUGAGAUCACAUAUCGUGUCGUUUUGUCUCCAAGUCGACUCAAGUUUGAGAUGUGAACUUAAUUGCUCAAUAGCUUUACGUUGUUGAGUACGGAGGCGUGGUUGAUAAUUAAUCAGGCUUAAUCAGACAGAUUUAAUGGAAGGGAUACAGAUUAUGAUAUCAGUUAACAUGAGCGUCGCAGUUCCCCUAUUUCCUUCCGAUUUAGAGGUACUGUUGCCCCUCAAGGAUCAGCACUGGGUCCUUUUCUGUUUACCACGGUAGUGGACGAAGCUACAAAAGUGCAGAUAACCUAACGCCAACUACAGAAUCAGAGGAAGAUGUGGUACGAAGGAUUAGAAGGAAGAACGGAGUGGGAAGGGGAGAACUACAAUGCAUCGUGGACAAAACCAAGUUAAACGUGACUGAAAAGGAAGCAGAGGAAAAAGUAUUAAGGGAAAAGGGCAUCUGGAAGCUGCAGGAGAGUUGCAAGAAUGAGUUCAGUGCCGUGAUGUCUAAAGGGAUUGCUUGUUUGUAUGGUGCUUUUACGUUGUAUGGAACCAGUGGUUAUUCAGCAACAGGACCAGCGGCUUUACGUGACUUCCGAACCACGUCGGGAGUGAACUUCUAUCACCAGAAAUACACAUCUCUCACUCCUCAAUGGAAUGGCCGAGAAUCGAACCCGUGACCACCGAGGUGGGACGCUAAUACCAUACCAACCACCUCGCUGAGGCGCUAUUCUUAAGGGAUUGCGGCAUAUGAACGGAGCAGUUUAAUUUAUUGUACGUCCAGAGCCCGUGAUGAAGAGGGUCACCAAGUGUUGGAAGGACAGGCCUUGGAAGAGGUUGAACAUGUCCUCAUCUUCCUCUGGGGACAGUGGAUUGGGAGGUACUGGGGACACACACACACACACACACACAAAAUAAAAACACUACCAUCAACUUGUAUUGAAGUACUAGGAGACCACCAACUACUUCCUUUGUGUAUUUGUACCCAUACAGCUAGCUCAGUGCCUCAGAAUCAUAGGCACUAACAAAGAAACCAGACAGCUUUGGGGGAAAGAGGUGUAACAACAAAAUGAAAAUGGCUGCACAAGAAGCACAGUGGAAAGAGCCAUUAUCCCCAAUGUUGAGGCUGCGAUGAAACUUGGUUUCAGACUGAGAUCUCGAAAAGAUAAAAUGAGUAUUUUAAUGCUUCACUUACUAAUGGGAAUCUCACGUGAAAUAUGUCAUAAAUAAUUUCCAGCAUUAUACUAAAUGUGUAUAUCCAUUGAGGCUGUAGAAGUUGGUGAUUUGGUCAUCUCUGACGCCUUUCUUCCAGUUUCAACUCCCAUCUUAGGAGAAGCAGCUGACUGCAGAAAGAAUUUUUUUAAAAAGUCAAGCUAAAUAUGGCCAGACAGUAUCGAUAAACACCUCAUUCAUUCAGUAACUGAAUCGAAAUAUUGUCUCUAUAAAUGAUUAAGAGGAAUAUAAAAACCUUUAGAGACACUUUUCCGUAAAGCCACGUUGCAGACGAUGCUAAAAGCAGCUAAAUAUGUGAAUAGAUGUAGCCGAGAAGCACGUACGUAGUACCUACUGGGUCGUGACUUGUCGAGAACUGAAAUUGAUGGAGGUCGAUUCACACGUGUGCGCCGCCGAGCCCAGGAAUUCCAUGAGAUCUCGACAUCUCUCUUUUUGUCUCCAUUUCAGCACCGAGGAAAGGAAGCGCAUGAGUACUAAGAAAACCGUUAAUCUCAACAUCAAUUACUCGAACGAGAAAAUGGCAAGCCUCCUUGAGAAGGAAAAAUGGUCUAUCGCUUCUUCUUAGCGAUAGUCUUGGGUUAUGGCAAGAAAUGUUUGUCCAAGAGCAUACCGUGUCAUUUGUAGCCCUCUGGCCUCAGCAGUUUUUUUUUUUUUUUUUUUUUUUUUUUUUUUUUUUAAGAUCUGAGGGCGGAUAGAUAGACAGCCGUCACAAUAGUUUUCUUGAACGAAAAACUAAAAAAAAAAAAAAGGAUAAAGCGUAUUGAUUUCAAGGUACGCACCAACCUCUCAAUUCUGAAGAGUUCAGACAUCACAUUGAAAGGAAUGAUAAAACAUUAAAAAAGCAUAUUAAAAGCUUUACGUAUUCAGUUUGGAUAAACCUGGAUUUCCUGCCCAUACUGAUAUUGAUUUAGAAGUAUACUAAUCCGUAACACUAUCGUAAACGAUUUUGAAACAUUAUUGUGUUAACUCAUUUUGAGUCUGUCAUUUGGUUUUCGUUGUCUUUACUUUAAGUCUUCAGAUGAAACCCCAUAAUUAUGGACAGUCAAAAGAUUAUCAUAAACUUAAAAGGCCUCCAAAGGUAAAUCUGCUUGCAGAGAAAGGGACAA